GGGAGGAGCUCAGGUGAGCGACAGUUGAGGAGGACAACUUCUCUCGGGCCUGGGAGUCUUUGGAAAGCGACAAAAUGACAAGAAUGUAACCAUCAGCGUGACGUGUUGGAAACAACCCCCAUCAUGGUGACUUUAGGAGUUUGCUGCGUCAGUCUGAAGGACAACAAGGCCCUGAUGAAAAUGGGCUUGGGUCUGGUGCUGGUGGGUCACAUCAACUUUCUGCUGGGAGCUCUGGCCCAUGGCGCCGUCCUCAGGCACAUCACUGUGCACCACGAGGCUCGGAUCAUGGUGUUCGCUGUCUCCAAUGUCGUGGCUUUGGUUGCAGGACUCUUGGGAAUCAUCGGUGGAGUCCUGGCCAUUGUCCUCUCCAAAAACAAGAAAAGCCGGAUCCUGCAGUGGGUUCUGUUAGUCUUCAGCAUCCUCGCUGCUCUUCUGGCUGUCGCCUCCACGUUGGGCCUGUUCGUCUCCAUGGUGACAGCCAUUAUACAAAAAGGACGCACCCUGCUAACGCAUUGUACCUCUACAGCUAGGGAGAUUGAUUCAUCCAGCAUCACAUUCGAGUGUCCCUUUGACCCCACCCGGAUAUACGGGACCAUCAUCGUCCUGUGGGUGCUGCUGAUAUUGAUGUGUGUGACCGAAGCGGUGUUUUCUUUCCGAUGUUUUGCUGCGUGCACGUCCUUCUUGUACCUGUGCCCAUGCAGGCGCAAGCCGGUCCGAGCCAGGAGGGUGCGAAUCCAGCGAGCUGAGGUUCCAUCCAAGCCAGCUCCUCAGUCGGACUCUGAAGUAGAAGUUCCGGAGCAGGAGGACUUGCUGGAUGGGAAUGCUACUGCAGCACAAAGUCAAUGGCUCUGAGACAACUGGACUUGAACCAGAACUGUUUUUAUUCGUGGGACUUUUAAUAUUUUGUACUUUGUAUCAGUGGAAAAAAAAUGAACAUCACACAACUGAUAUUUUUGUUGCAUUUUAUUGGUUUCAGGUUCAUGACAUUAGCUUCUUUGAGAAUACAAAUAUAUAUACAACAAAUUAAACCUGGCGCCCU